AAUCCAAGUAGUAACUCAUAUCGUGGAGGUGAUAGUGACGCUUGGGUUAAGAUUUGCAUUAAUGUACGUAGUUUGUCUAAUAAGUAACAUGUUAUCUUCUUAGAGUAUAAUAUAAAUGUUUGUCGCUGUUUACACGUAGUUAAAACAUGUUUUUAUUAAUCUAGUGACUGCAGAUUAAAAAACACAGUAACAGCAGCAGGAGAGAGAAGAUUGUGCUUGAGUGGAAUUAAGUUAAUUAGGAAUAGUUUAUGACCGUUUAAGGUCAUAAACUGACAAGUGUAGUGCUUCAGUAUGGACCUCCCUGACUGCCCUCCUGGAGCAGAAGGCUAUCAAGACUCUGUCACCGAAGUUCCCAAGAAGCCAGAUCUUGAAGAUUCUUCUUGCACUAAGGCGGAGCAGGAAUUCCAAGAGCAUUUGAACAGCCUGCGCAUCAGCUGUGAAGAUGGCAGCCAGCGCUGCAUGGUGGAGCGCCGCGGGCGCGACGUGUCCGGCAAGUGGAUCUACCUCUGCUACCCGUGCGCGGCCGUCUGCAGCGGCGAGACCAUCCUGCAGACUCAUAUUUCGGGGAAAAAACACAAAAUCAAGAUAGCUAUGCGAAAUGUUUGGCCGCUGAGUCUUUUCGAUGAGCACCCUUUCAUACAAACAGAACGAGGGACUAAAACUGAAGCAACGGAAAAGGUGUUGCAAAAGAUGGCGCAGGAAGUGGACAUGCACAACAAAAACGCUUCCGAGUUUGACAAGAAGUACGGCAAAUACAGAGAUGUGAUGUGUCACAUACAAAGCAUAGUAGACAAUGUCAAGGCGCCGCUGCUGGGCCUAGAGUACCUGGUGGAGCACCCGCCCGAGCAGGCGCACUACGAGCCCUCCUACACGUGCACGCUGUGCUCCAAGCAGGGCCACCCGCGCACCAUCAUCAACCACAUGACCUGCUUCUGGCAUAGAUACAACUACCUCGUGCGGCAUUACGGGAAGGCGUGCAGCCUCAUGACGCCGUACCGCGCGCAGCCCAAGUACCGCGAGGGAGUGGCCGUCAUCAUGAACCGCCUGGCGCAGCGCAUCGAGGACAAGCACGGUCGCCAGCGGCCCGUGCACAUCGACAAGGAGGAAUAUGACAACGAUAAGGAGAGUAUUCAUCAGUGGAUAUUCAAAGGUUUCCAUUUCUCUGAAUCCAACGGCCCCUCCUUUGAAGAAGUAGUUGACGUCGAUCUAAUCAACACUUUAUUGAAGUCAGAUAAUGAGUCGAAGCUGGCAAUGAGGAACAGAGAAAGAGAUCCAUCCCCGCCUCACGUGGCGGCGCCGUGUAAGCCUCAUUUCAAUGCAUUCACGCGUUCGGGGCGGCGGCAGGAGCGGCGCGGCGCGUCUUUGGACUCGCUGUCGGACAUCAGCGAUGAACAGGAGCCGCGGCGACGCGCGGAGCGCCCUCGCCCGCGCCGAGAGCCGUCACCCGACCGCGACCGCGACCGCGACGCGCCCAGGGGCAAAUACGAACACCAACGGGCGCGUUACGAGCCUUACCCAGACAAGCGGCGGACCAGCCCCUAUCGCUCGCGCUUCGCUCUGCGGAACCCCCCUGCGGAGAAGCCCCGCGCGAGUGACUCGAAGCAGAGACCGCCGAAUUAUGCAUACAAGCUGAAGCUGGCGGAGGACAAGCGCAUGAUUGCUGAAGAGUCGGCGCAGAAAACCCUCGCCUAUCACGAGAAGAACCCGGAGAAGCAUCCGCUCUACCCCGAGGAGUGGAAGAAGUUUUGGAAUAGGCGGUACAAGGAAAUACAAGCUGAGGGCAAGGAUCCAUCUAAACACGAUUUCAAGCCAGAAUGGAUAGUGUUUUGGACAGCACGCAUGAAAGAAUUGCACGACGCCGAAUUGAAAGUGGUAGUUAACGAAAUCUACCGAAAACUUUGUAUCUCACCUCCCGACAUGAGAGGUCGGUCGCCUGAGCUAAAGGCUUGUUCGGCGGAGCGGCGCAGGUCGCCUGAGGCGCGGCGCCGUUCGCCGGCCAGGCGGCGCUCGCCCGAGCCGCGCCGCCGCGACCCGUAUCUCGAGCGCCGCAAGUCGCCGCACCGCCCUCUGUCUCCGGACCCAAGACGCAAUCGCAGAGCGCGCAGCCCUGUACAUACCAACUUCACAUUGGAGUCAGUACGACGCAGCCGCAGCCCGCUGUCGCGGCGCGAGGCUGAGCUGCGUAACCGCAGCCCCGCGCCGCCCGCGCACCCGCACCACGCCGCGCCCAGCAUGCAGACCGUCACCAUCUCCGAUGAUGAACUUAAGAUCGAUGACAACAUAUCACCGUGGAAUUCGGAUGACAUGGAUUCGAUAGGGUCAGUGCCGGAAGCGCGGUCGCCGGGCACGCGGUCGACGCGCGCGGGCAGCGUGGCGUCGCGCGGCUCGCGGUCGCGGCGCGAGCUCCGCGGCCCGCUGGCACCCGCCGCCGCGCCGCAGGACCUCGGCCCGCCCGAGAACGUCGUCGUCACCUUGCGGCUGCUCGUCGCGCUCGAAGACUAUCUAGGCAGUCUAGGCCCUAAAAUUGUAGAUUUACUCACCGAGGCUAUCCGAAUGGAAAAGGAGGUCGCGAACUCUUCGGAGGAGCUACUGGAGCGCGAGUCAGCGGUGGUGCUGAUAGAGACGGCCAAGGAGAAGCUGAAGGGCGCCGUGCAGGCGGGGCUCGUAGCCGCCGCCGCCGCCGCCGCCGUGCGCGCCGCCAUCGUGCGCGCCGCCGCCACGCUGCACGUGGCCGACACCCGCGCCCACAAGGGUUCGAAGAGCGGGUCGAGCGCAGUUCAGUCGGGUCACGCGACGGCGGCGGCGGCGGCGACGGUGACGGGGGUGGCGGUGGCGGGUGUGGGCUCCGUGGACCGCGCGCAGAUCGCGCAGCAGAUGGCGGCUGCGCUUGUGGCGCAGGGCAAGACCGACGUCUCCUCCGAGGAACUCGCGCAACUCGUCGACGCAGUGGUCGGGAUAGCUGAAGAAAAGAAACGACAAGAACAAUCCAAGAAAAGGCAGGAACAAAAAAUAACUGUCACUCCGACAUCCAAAACCAUCAGCGGAACUGCUUCUGCGUUGCAAAUGUUGCAGUCGGCCUAUGAUGAGAAUGACAAAAAGCCGGAAAAGGCGGACGCACCAGACGCUAUGGACGGUUUAUCAGACUCUGAUCUAGAAACCUUGUUGAAAAAUUUCAACGAGCUUUCGGCAGAGGAACAGCACAGCCUUAUAGCAUACCUGAAGAAAUUAGAAGCCCGUGAGCCUGAGCGGGUGGAGCGACUGCGGCAGUACGUGAGCGCGGCCGCGUCGCCCGGCGCGCCCGCCACCCCUGCGCCCGCGGACGACGCGACCGCGCCGGCCGAGGCGCCGCGCCCCGCGCCCAACGCCGCGCCUGCGUCUGCCGCCGCCAGUAAACCAAUUGCUAUCGACAGCGAUGACGACGACUACACCGUUGAGGAGGUAUUCAAGUCUGUAACAGAGAAAGUGAAAGAAGACCAGAUCCGUCAGGAAAUGGAAAUUGUCAAAAAAUCGUUGGAAGAGACGAAAGCAGUAACUGUUGCUAACGAAGUAGUCAGAGAUCCCCAGCCUAACGUAUCUAAAAGCAUGUCAUCAGCGGCAAAUUUGCUGGCCUUAGUGCAAGCUUCGAUCCAGUCCUCGGAGUCCGCCAAGUGCACGCGUGCUCCUCCCUCGGACGUCGUCGCCAGCAACCCUCAGCCGAGAUCUUUCGGCGACAUGCCGAUACCACCGGUUGCAGUGCCUACAGAGCCGAGCAGACCAGCUAUGCAACCCGUACCCAUAGCGACGCUAACGUCUCCGCCCGGUCAGCAAAUCGACUACAACAACCAGCAGCAACAUGCUCCCUUUACUCAUCAGCACAGCUCAUUACCUGGACCUAUACAUGACAGGCCUAAUUUUGGCGGAAAUAACACUUCUCAUGUCAAUGUUUGGGAUCAUAGACCGAUGCAUAAUAUGCCAGAUGUGCGAUGUUCUAUGCCGAGGCCACCUGCAUAUAAUAAUUAUGGUCAAAACAAUAUGUACAACCAACCAGGACCCAGGGGUAGUUUCAUGAACGGUAGAAUGCAAGAUAGUUACGAUACAAGGCUGAAUGAGAUGAGUCACCAGUUCGAGCGAGCCCAAUAUGAUCAAAACCAUUAUGCUCGAAGAGGAGGCAGUGGAGGACGGGGUCAUUUCGGCGGCCCUGGGGGGUCCAAAAGGGGCCGAGGACGCGGCUACUACUAACGUUCCAAUCAAAACUCUCAAUAACUUAAAAUAGUUAUAAUAUAAUAAAACCUUAAGUCGUUGGUACCAUUCAUAAAUUAAUGGAA